UAUUAUUAUUUAUCAGGUAAGUGUUGUAAAAGUCAUUAGGUGCACCUAGUUAUGAAAAGAAUAAGUUAAUGACUCAAAGGUAUUAAAAGCUGUACUUUUGGAUUUGUCACACAGUAUGUCGAGGAUAGCAAUCGUGUCAACAUCACAGUGAAAAUGGUGAAGUUACCACAGCCUGAGGAGGAAGGUCCGGUGGCACCGCCCAGGGAAAGACUUCCGCCUCCACGUAACCAGAAUUUAACUACAUAUCGCCGACCCUGGGGACAUCGAUUUGGGAGAAAACGGGAAGAAAUGAAGAAUAAAAUACCCAACACUCUUAUAGAACUAGAAGAGUUAGCGAUACGCUGCGUAGCACUUAUGGAGAAACAUGGAGUAAGAACUGCGAACAGCUUCGACACUGCCAUGGAUCUGCUUCGUUCACAGUAUAAUAUGCACUACAUGAUACUUUGUCACAAGUGCUUCACUCCUCACAGACACCUUCACGAUGAGCUCACUGCGCCGGAGCGCUGAAGACGGCCAAAGCAACAAACGAUAUUCACGUUUAGUUACCGAUGUGGCUUAAAAUCGCGUCUCACAUAUAUUAUUGCCACGUCAAUUUAUAUCGAAUUCCAACGCUACAAUUUGUGUUGCGCGUAAGAACU